AUGAAGUUCCUCAACACCAUGGUCGCCCUCGCUGCUCUCGCGGCCGCCAUCCCGAUCAAUGAGCCCCGAGCCGGAACCAAGAAUGAUGCUCAGGCUCCCACUGGCACUCCAGCGGGAGUUCCCUUUGGAACACCUGCUUCGGGAGGUAUGCCCUCGGGCACUCCUCCAUCUGGCACCCCUCCUUCGGGAACUCCCCUGUCCGGUAUGCCGCCGGCUCAGACUGGAGCGCCUCAUAGCCAAGUCCAAGCUAGGGCUAAUGCGAAUGCUCGGGCUGCCUCGAGCGCAAAGAGCAAGCCUUCGGGCAAGCCUACUGGCACACCCCCUUCGGGCACACCUCCUUCAGGCACUCCUCCAUCUGGUACGCCGCCGGCUCAGACUGGAGCGCCUCAUAGCCAAGUCCAAGCUAGGGCUGAUGCGAAUGCUCGGGCUGCCUCGAGCGCAAAGAGCAAGCCUUCGGGCAAGCCUACUGGUACAUCCCCUACUGGCACACCUCCUUCGGGCACUCCUCCUUCGGGCACUCCUCCCUCCGAAAAGCCGCCUGCUCAAAGUGGAGUUCAGGCCCGAGCCGACUCUACUGCUCGGGCACCCCCAAGCGGCACCGGCAAGCCCACUGGUCCGGCUCCCUCAGGCGCAGCUCCCUCCGGCACUCCUCCCUCAGGGACCCCGCCUUCCGGCACCCCACCUGCUCAGACCAACGUCCAGGUUAAAGCUGCCUCUACUUUCACUACUCUCCCGCGCCCUAGUGGCUCUGAAAAGCCCUCUGGCACUCCUCCCUCUGGUACUCCUCCAGCGGGAACUCCUCCUGCGGGUACUCCUCCCUCUGGUACACCGCCCGCGAAGCCUACUGCUACUGCUGCUUAG